AGGUUUCAAUCAUGUCAACCGGUGAUGAUAGAAAACACUAAGUGGAUGAUUCCUUCAUGCUCAAAGCUAUGCAACAACAAUUUCAGAGGCUAGACAUCAUAUUUGGUGAAAUUAAUGACAAAAUGGAGAAGCAAGAUGCAGCCAUUGCCAAGUUAUACCAAAUACAUAAUGAAAGUCGAAAUUUGCAUAAUCACGAUCUUGAUGACAAUGAUGAAGAUGCAUUCAACGAUGAUGCCCAGAACUCAAAUUUCAACAUGGACAAAUUUAUAAGAGGUAGAGGGAGUCAAAGAUAUAAAUUUAACAAUGGAUACCAAAAUCUGGCAAAGUGGGGAGAUCGGCAAUAUCAUGACUUAGGCAGCAUCAAGAUGAAGAUUCCUCCAUUUCAAGGCAAAAAUGAUCCAGAUGUGUAUUUGGAGUUGGAAAAGAAGCUUGUGCUUAGUCGACGUAGAAAUCGAGAGCGUCCUGUUGACACUUGGGAAGAGAUGAAGGCUGUGACGAGAAAACGGUUUGUUCCUAGUCACUACUAUCGCGAUCUCUAUCAACGAUUACAGGGCCUUACUCAAGAGUCCAUAAGCGUUGAGGAUUAUCACAAGGAAAUGGAAAUCGCAAUGCAUUAUGUGGAAUUAGAAGAUAUGGUGCAUACGGCGAGGAAAGUAGAACGGCAACUCAAGCGUAAAGGAGCCACCAGCAGAACUGGGCAAAAUUCAGGUUCCUCAUCUUCUUGGAAAUUGAAUUGGAGCAAAAAAAAAGAAAAUUCUACUUUUAAGCCUAAAACUUCAGCAUCCAAAUCAAAAGACAUUGGCAGCAAUGAGAAGAGUAAAACUGACAGUAUGCAAGAUAGAAACCUAGACAUUAAGUGUUUUCGAUACUUGGUAAGAGGGCAUAUUGCAUCGCGAUGCCCUAAUAAGCACAUGAUGAUCUUGAAAGAGGAUGGAGAAAUUGAAACAGAAGGUGAAUCUGAUGAUGACUCUAUGCCACCAUUGGAAGAUGCUAAUGAUGGCAUGGAAUAUGCUGUUGAUGGAGAACUGCUUGUCACCAAGCGUGUUUUAAAUGUGCAAGCCAAAGAAGAUGACGAAGUACAACAUGACAACAUAUUUCACAUGAGGUGCCAUAUCAAAAAUAAGGACUUCAAGGACGUGUUUCCAGAGGACAUCCCUAAUAGUUUACCACCAAUAAGAGGAAUUGAGCAUCAUAUUGACUUCAUUCCAGGUGCAACAAUUCCAAACCAACCAGCAUAUCGAAGCAACCCUAAUGAGGCAAAAGAACUUGAAAAGCAGGUUGAAGAACUUAUGAAGAAAAGGCAUGUGAGAGAAAGCAUGAGUCAAUGUGCAGUUCCAAUGCUACUUGUGCCCAGGAAGGAUGGGACUUGGCGUAUGUGCGUUCAUUGUCGCGCUAUCAAGAAAAUCACUAAGAACUUGAAGAACUGGGAAGAGUGUUUGCCGCACGUUGAAUUUACUUAUAAUCGGAGCAUCCAUUCAGCAACUAACAGUUUGCCAUUUGAAGUUGUGUAUGGUUUUAAUCCACUCACUCCUUUAGAUUUAUUGUCUUUACCUAUUGACGAACAAGCUAGUUUGGAUGGGAAAAAGAAAGCUGAAGUGGUUAAGCAACUACAUGAGAGGGUGUCACAAAACAUAGAGCAACGAACUAAGCAAUAUGCAAAACAAGCCAACAAAGGACGCAAGAAAGUUGUAUGUGAUCCUGGAGAUUGGGUUUGGGUGCAUAAGCACAAGGAGCGAUUCCCUACACAAAGGCGUUCUAAGUUGCAACCAAGAGGCGAUGGACCAUUUCAAGUGAUUGCGAGGAUUAAUGACAACGCAUACAAGUUGGAGCUUCCUUGUGAGUAUAAUGUUAGUGCUACUUUUAAUGUUUCUAACCUUUCUCCUUUUGAUGUAGGCGACGAUUUGAGGACAAAUCCUUUUGAGGAAAGAGGGAAUGAUGGGAAUCAAGACGACAGCAUAUCUAUUACGUCAUGUGAUCCGUUACACACCCAAGGAGGAACAGUCAAGCAAGCUAGAGCUAAGAAGAUGCGUGAAGCUUUAAAUGGCCUUAUUGAGCAGAUCUGGGUUGAAAACAACAUACAACAAGCAAAUCGAAGCUUGGAUAAUUAUCAAGGCAUGGUAAACAUCAUUCAGGUUCAAGAAAAACUUAGUUGAGAUUCAAUAGCCUCCUCAAUUAGGGUUACAAGCCUCUUUAAAUAGGGAAAAGUAAUUCUAAUCAGAAUAGGAAACUAACACCCUAAGCCCUAAUCAUAAUAACCACGAAUUGGGCCUUAAAUAAAUGAAUGUUUAGCCCAAAAUAAUAUAAAAAACAUGAAAAUCACUAAAAAUAACCUAAAGUA